CGAGUUCUACCUUGAGCCAAGUUAACAGUUGCCGAUUAACGAUAAACACUUUUUUUCUUAUGUUGAGAACUCCCAUCUAACCUAACUAUAUCUAUUCGUGUCCGCCUGUCUACCCACGUAACGGAGAGCUUUCAUCCCCUUUGUCUUGUCCGAUGAUCGACGACUGCGGUAGUACGAAAGAAUGGAAGUUGCAAUUACAUCCCCCAAUUGUAUCUUCAGACGCGUAACCACAUUCUGUUUUUACCUCUUCGUCGCCGGCGUCACCAGUGUACGCGGCGAGCAAAGCGCGGCCCAGAUUAUACGGCCAGGGGCGCAACAAACCUUUCACUAUCAGGAUACCGUUGAAGUUGCAUACGAGUCUGAUUUCGCGAGGCCCUGGAUAUCUACGUGGUGCGAGGUCGAUGGUUUAUCACAAGAAAAAAGCAGAGAGAGGGUGGACGGCUACAAUUCUUCGGCAUUCAUACAUUUGUCAUUUGAAAAUGGUAGUCCGUGUUGGUUUGAGCUGUACUCGAUCGACAAGAGGGAUUUCCAAAGUGUCAGCAGCCCGGCUUUCACCUAUAUAGCGACUGAGCCCAGUCAGACAACUGUUGUAACUGAGCAAUCAGAUUCAAUCUCAGCAGCAGAAGACACCAGUAUCACAUCAUCAACAACCACACCUCAAAAACCCGCCGCGGUAGCCCCCACCGCCGACGCAGAACCGGGCAACUUAGUUCCCCGGCAUAACCCAAUGAUCAACACGCACGUCGUGAUCGGGGUGGUAGCAGGGAUCGGCGGCAUCGCCUUGGGGGCAUUAGCCGGCCUCCUAUUCUGGCAGAUCCGCAGAGGGAAGUCCUCCGGCAGCGUGCAGUCCGAGCUACAAGACAUCGAGGCCCAGCAACGGCAACGACAGCAGCUGGAGCGGCACCACCCGGACCUAUCCGGCCCGCCCUCCGACCGCACCUUCGUCAACUACUGCCACUACUACCCAUCGCCCAACGCAGCACUAGCCGAGGCAGGGGCAGGGGACCGGGCGUCAUCGCGGUCCUCGGACGAUCGCACGAUGCACGAGGAGCAGCAGCAGCAGCAGCAGUUCUCGCCCAUCUCGCCCAUCUCGCCCAUCUACCCCGACGACUCGGCGUCUUGCUACCACCACCGCGACCGGAAAGAGUCCGCGGAGCUGGACAAGGCGUACGCGACGGACUUCGCGAUGGCGGACCCGCAGAUCUGGAACGACCAUUUGCGCUGUCACGUUCCAACGAGCGAGGAUGUGACGGUGCCGUCUGCGGAGAAGAAGAAGGAGGAGGAGGAGGCAAGCCAGGCGGGCUCGGACACAACAACAACAACAACAACAACAAUAGAUGAGGCGACGAGGAGGACAUAUCGACACCAGCCACAAGAACCACAUCGACAACGACAACGACAACAAGAUCCUUCCCAAGAAGAAGAAGAAGAAGAAGAAUAUGUGCCACCACCCCGAUAUAUCAAUCAUCCAUAACAAAUUCAAAGGAAGACCAACAAAAAGGAAAAAGGAAAAAGGAAAGGUGAAAAAAAAAACCACCGCGAAAACACUCAUAAAUCUACCUAAGUAGUAAAUAAUACAAAAGAGAUUAUCACUACCUUUCAGACACACACACACACACAUACACACACACGAGGCAUAAGGCGUCGAAACAAGUCCAUCUAACUAACUAACUAACU